AUGAGGAACAAGGCGAAAAAGCAGAAAAGAAGCCCCAGGAAGGGUCACUGGAGGGUGGCGCUGAUAUGCAAACACCUCAACCAAAUAAAGCAUGCGCGAGUCCCACAGGAGAUCCUUCCAAGGAAAAAGCGCCGGUUGAGAAGUCUGAGAAAACAGAAGUACCUGGAGAACCGCAAGUACCUGAGAAGCAAGAAGCGCCAGGGAAACGGAAAGUACGCUGGAAACUGA